GAGAACGUUGCCCAACACUUGGAAAUUCCAUAAGCUUUUUAAUUGGGAUCGGCUUUGUUUGACUUUCACCAAGCUGUGGAAAAACACUCAUGUAAAGGUCUUCAGCCGGAAAGUGUUAAUUAUGGAGAAGAGGUUACUUUCCCUGGUGCUGGUCCUGUCCAUUCUCCACAGUUCUUGUGGGCGGUUCCUCCUCAUUCGGGAAAAGGAGCAAAAGUGCAUUACCCAGACGAGGCUAGACGUCGAUACUGAUGUGAUUGUGGAAUACAAGGUGGAGUAUUUCAGUUCCGGCGGCUUAAUCUCCUUGUCCCCCGGAAUUGGGAUGGAUGUGGUGGUGCGGGACAGCAACGGAACGGUUAUACUUUCCCGAACUUAUAGCUCAGAGGCCAGUUUCAGGUUCACCACCUACCGGCCUGGCGACUACCAGAUCUGCAUGAACACAAACGGUUCCGCCGCAGGCGCCCUGCUGAAUCUCUACGUGGAUAUUAAGACGGACGAGCGCACUAAAUACUAUGAAAGGAAUUUGAGCGCGGAGUACCUGGAGAACAUGCAGGUGAUUGUGCGCAUACCAAAUGAACUUGAUGGCCUCUACUCCGAAAUGAUUUUUGUUGGCAUAGCCCUGGUCGUGGUUUCCAUCUUUUUCAUGAUCGUCGCGUACCGUAUUUUAUUCGGGAAAAACUACUUGUACUUGGCUUACUGUAAAGCUCUCAGCGAAGAAGAGCUGGCCAGGUUCAGGACACCAGAGGCGUACAGGGCACUCAUGUCCAUCCUGGGCCCCAAAGGACAGGGGCUUACCACCAGCGCCAUUUCAAAAUGGGUAUCCCAGUUACAAGAUCCGGAGUCAACAAAUGAGAAAGAGCAACUAAGAAUCAGUGAAAAGAUUCAAUCUAGAGUGGAAGAAUUUGCUGAAAAGUUCCUCAAAAAGCCAGCACUCGCAGUUCCGGAAAACCCAAAAGGCAGCUAUUACGCAGCCAACGUCCAAUUGACGAACCUCCUGGUGCACAACGAAAUCGCAGGGCACUUGAAAGGCGACACCUUCUUACUGGUCUGCGAUUGUAAAGAUUGUAAGGCCAAUGAUCCAAAUGAAGUGGAUACGGAGGCAUAAAUUGAACCUUUAAUACAUCAGUCGUCAAGUGCAACGUUA